GGCUCUCAACUUGUUCCCAACAUGAUAUAUUUUUGUGUAAUUUGGUAGAUGUUAUGCUUAUGGCAGUAAUGCCGAGUAUGGUGGGACAGGACAUUUUGUCCUCCUUUAACACUAAGAAUAGAUUUUCAGAUCAUAGUUUGUUACUUUACGCUUUUAAUCCUUUACAUUUCAGAUUUUUCCCUCUUUAGAUUCCUUUUGUUGUUAUCAAAAUUUAUAGGGACAUUUACGGCCCAUUUUGAUAAUGUUUGUGUUUCUCGUUUCCUGUUUCUUAUUUUUUAAGAACUAGAAACAGAAAUAUGUUUGGUAACUAUUUUUGUCUCUUGUUUCUUAGAAAACAGAAACAAAAAAUCAAAAGCUAACAUUUUCUUAGUUUGUCGUUUCUCAUAAUUUUUCCCUCACCUUUCUUCUUUUCUUUUUUUGUCUUCAUUCACCAUCUCUGACCAUCACCUCCCCCGCCAGCUUCUGGUUGCCGCUCACUUGCAACCACCACCUCUAACCAUCAUCAUUGGCCACCUCUAGCCACUGCUGCGAGACAACUCUAACGACCACUACCGUCAGUAACUAACUCCAACCACCACCUUUGGCAACCACCAUCAUGAACUCCGAUGGCGACCACCCCAAGAACCAACUUUGGUAACCAUACCACUACAUUUUAACCGAUUUCUAAUGUACAAAAAAUAAAAAAUUCAAAACUAAAAUAAUAUAUAAACAUGCAUAUUGCAAAAUUUGAAAUUUACUUCAAAAAAUAAAUUGCAGAAAUAUUAAUUAAAAAAAAAAGAAUACUGAUUAAAAAGCAAAAAAAAAAAGUUGCAAAUUGUUAGACUUGAACCCAUGAACUGUGAUAUUAAAAUAAAGCUAAAUGAAUAUUUUGGUAAACAAAUAUUAUACCGUAAAAUUGUGAACAGUUUUCAAAUGUACUAAAAAAAAAUUAAAAAUUAAAACAUUAUGUUAACAUGUCUAUAUGUGAAAUUUGAAUUUCAAAAUUUAAAAAGACAUAUCUAAAUAUACCAAGAAAUUGAAAUAAUAUAUAAAUCUAAAUAUUGAAAAAUUUAAAAUUAAAAGUUAAACCAAUAUAUAAAUAUUGCAAAAAUAUGAAAUAAAAGAAAAAUUUUCAACCAAAAGAAAAAAAUAAACAAUUAACUGUUACGAAAAAAAAGAAAAAUGAACAAUCAGGAAAAAAUUAAUAAUAAAAAAAAUGACUAUUAAAGAAACACAAAAAAAAAAAAAAAAAGUAAGAAAACUGUAACUGGGACUCAAUCCUACAAGGGAGAAAGGGGAUUCAAAUGUGCCUAAACCAGCCUAGCCGAAAGCCUAUUUUGAUACGGUUUCCAAUACACACUUAUACAGUAGAAACGAAACAAGGAGGAACUAAGGGUCCGCUUGGUAACAUUCCUGUUCCCUGUUCUCGGUUUCCUAUUUCUUCUUUUUUUAGAACAAGAAAUAGGAAUGUGUUUGAUAAUAUUUCUUGUUUCUUGAAAAAAAGAAAUAGAAACAAAAAAUGUGUUUGAUAACGGUUUCUUGUUUCUUGAUUUUCUUCGAGAUUUAUUUUUUAUUUUAUUCACAUCUAAUUCAAUUAAACAUUAAACAAAAAUAUGUCAUCAUUAAACAUAGAAAAUAAAAUUAUCAAAAGUUUAUUCAUUUAAUACAAAAGUACUAGUGCACAAAUAAAAAUAAUAACAUAAACAUAAAAUUGUAUCUAUCCUUCAAAUGUUGCCAAAUUUGAUUGGCAAUAUCAUCUCUCACUUGGGCCAUUAUUCUUAGAUGAUGUCGACUUACUUUUUAAUCCAUCAAUUUCAACAACCUCAUCGAUAUUUUAUGACAUCUAGAAUGUAAUAUUAAUUUUAAAAUAAAUUAUCAUGUUCUCAAUAUUCAGAAUUAAAAGAAACAAAACAAAAAUUUGACAUUUAACUCUACUACCUACAAUGCUUGAGAGAAAAACAUACAACGAAAGCCCAGAUCCACGCAAAGAGGAAGACGAAAACUAUGAAUCCGGCGAAGAGGAAGAGUCAGGCAAAAACUAUGGAUCCGACGAAGAGAAAGAGUCCGGAUUGUAGAGGAAGACGAUGAGAGGCGAAGAAGAAGACAACAUGUAGAGGAAAAUGAUAAGUUAUUUGGGGAAGACGACGGAGAUAAGAGGAAAAGGAAACCAAUAAAAAUAAUUGAGAAAAAUGAAAAGAAAACAAAUAAAAAUAAUUGAGAAAAAUAGAAAGAAAACCAAUAAAAAUAAUUGAGAAACGGGAAAAGGAAACCAAUAAAAACAAUUGAGAAAAAGGAAAAGGAAACCAAUAAAAAUAGUUGAGAAAAAAGAAAAGGAAACCAAUAAAAAUAAUUGAGAAAAAAGAAACGGAAACAAAUAGAAAUAAAUUGAGAAAAAGGAAAAAGAAACCAAUAGAAAUAAUUGAGAAAUGGAACAGAAGAAACUACUUUUUUUUGUUCCCAAUAGUUCCUUAUAAAAUGGGAAACGUUUAUAUUUUUUUUGAGAACGAGAAACAAGGAACAUUACCAAACACCUCAGUUUUUUUAAAAACUUAAAACAAAAACAGGGAACGAGAACCUUACCAAACGGGCCCAUUUGCAUAGUUCCUCAAAUUUGGCCUAAAUUUUAGAAGCUUCGUUAAAAUUUGGAAAUGAAAAACAGGAAUGGUUUUCAAACAAGUCUAUUUCUUAAAAAUUGAGAAACAAAAACAGGAAAUAGAAAACAUAAACGUUAUCAAAUGGGCCUUUAGUAAUCAUGUCCUGAAGUAAACUGCCAUAAUAUCUAAAGGAGGCCAUUUAAUGCUCUUUGUAAUUGGGUGCUUUCUUGCAUUUCAUUAUAUUAUAUUUCUCCUUUCCUUAUGCCUUCAUGAGUGGGCUGGGAUUGGGAAUGUAUGAUGAGAAACUUUUUUGGGAAGGGUUUGAGAUUUGUAAAAUCAACCAUUUGGUUAGAUGGACCUUUGUGUCACUAAAUCUCAAGAAAAGAUGAGAGGGAUUUAGGCAUUUGGAGCUUUAAAACAAAGAAAUAUCACAACUCUUGUCAAGUGGGGUCACCUAGGAUCCCUUGUUCACUAUUGUUUAGUUCGUGCGGACUUAUAGUAUUUUGAUGUUUACUGUCUUUUCAUUUUAUGUUUCUGUUUUAAAAAAAGAUGGCUAGCGGGUUGGAGAUUAUAAAUGAGCCUCACUUUGGAGAAAGGGGAGUGUUAGUAAUGGGGAAAAUUCGUUUGGUUGGCCUACGGCUGAAAGAGAUUGGAUGAGUCUUUAAAGCCCUUGGAUUAGUAUUUCUAGACUUUUGAAGCCAGUGGAUUCUUUUGCUACUUACAAAUUGGAACAUGUUAUGUGCAUUUUCUUUUUGCAUGAUCGUUGGGUUGGUGUUUCUCCUUUAAUGCUUAGCAUUCCUCGUUUAGUUGCUGCUAUUGCUUCACUUAUUGGUUUGGGCUUCGAAUUUUGGGAUGUUUCCCACCAUUCUUGGAGCAUUUCAGAAGAUUGUGGAAGGAUGAUGAAAUUAUAGAUUUUAAUCUUUUGGAGCGCCUUUCAAGUUGAUUUUCAUGAUUAUAGGAUUUGGAGCUUAAAUUCAUCUGGUGCUUAUCUGUGAAAUCUCUGUCUAUGCUUUUAGCGACCUUUUCUCCUUUACAAAGUAGUUUUUUGUGGUUUUAUGGAAAUCCAAAUAUCCCAAGGGGAUAAAUAUUCUCAUAUGGAUUAUGCUCUAUUUGACAAUCUUCUCCAUUGCUUCAUCAAAAGAAGCUUCCCAAAUCAUCUCUCAUGCUUUUGAUUUGUCCUAUAUGUUGUGUGGCCUGUGGAGGGCAAUUUUCUUAACCAUGUGUUUGUAGCUACUCCUGGUUUUAUUGGUCCAAGCAAGUUACUUUAUUCAAGGUUAUGUUCUCCAAUUCUUGGCUCCAAAGUCAAAAUUAUUAUGAAUUAAUUCUUUGAAGGCUCUCCUAUCUGAUUAAUACUGGAAAAUUAAUUAGAGAAUUUUUUUUAAAGCCAACAUCUUCCUUUUGGUCUGAUUACUGGAUUGGAAAUGAUGCCCUCAAAUGAAAAUUUCCCAAAUUGUUUGCCAUUGCCAAAUCUACAGAUGCUUCAAUUGCAAAGGUUUGGAGUCAUGAAAACAAUUCUUGGUCUUGGCUUUUGUGCUUCAGAAGUCACGUUAAAGAUAAGAAAUCAUUGAAGGGACUUCCUUCAUUCAGCUCAUUCCUAGUAUACAGCUAAUACCAUGGAAUAAUUUAUGGAUUUUGAACCUUGAUAACAGUGGCAAAUUCACUGUUUAAUCAUUGAUAGCUCAGUUGUCAAAUGAUUUCCUUCCAAUUGAAGGGUAUCUUUAAUCUAUUGUCCCAAAAUGAAUCAAGUUCCUCAUAUGGGAGACCGCUCAUUCUUGCAUUAACACGAUGGAUAGACUUCAAAUAUACUUCUCCCUCAUGGGUCUUUGCAAAAAAUAUAGUGGAUCACAAAAGCACUUUUUUUUCAAUUGUCAGUUUUCUGUUGAUAUAUGGCUGCUGUGUGUGUUAGACCACCUAUUAUUUUACAAUAUAGUAGAAAAGGGAAGAAAGGGAGAGCACGUGUGAAGGAAAGCAUAAGCAAUGAGAAUGGGACUAGAGUUAGUCAGAAAAUAAGCUAUUAAUAAAGGAGGGAAGUCAGGGAGAGAAAGGGGGAUCAUUUUGUGAUAGGUUUCUGUUUUCAUCCUUUUGAGAUAGGAUAAACAGAGAGGGAGAGAGUUUGUGCGUUCUUUUACAAUUGCCUUUGUUCUGUUAUGAAUUAAUCUUUUACAAUUUCCUUUGUUCUGUUAUGAAUUGAUCCUUGAAUCAAUUUUUCAUUGUAAUCUUUCAAUAAUAUCAAUUGAAUAAGAACAUAACGAGUUAUUGUUCUAUCAUAUUGGUAUCAGAGCAUUUUUUCGUUGGAAAUCAAAAGAGAAUGGCAUAGAAACGCAUUGAAGAGAAAUUGGAAGCAUUUUCUAUCAAAAUUUUUUGGGAAUAUGUGUUGAAUUACCCAAGUUGCCUGCGAUUGAGGAGAAUCUAAUGUUGUUAGCGAAAAAUAUUGAAAUUAGUUUUGAUGGAGCGGCAUUAGACUGGUAUCGAUCGCACGAAGAACGCGAUCCAUUCAAAGAUUGGGUGGAAUUGAAGCAAAGACUACUGGUCCAUUUCCGAUUAGUAAGGGAAGGCCCCAUUUGUGGACAAUUCUUAGCGAUCAAACAAGAGACGACGGUAGAGGAGUAUUGCAACCUCUUCGAUAAGUUAGUAGCACUGUUGCCUCAUCUACUGAAGGAAGUAUUAGAGGAAACCUUCAUGAAUGGGCUGACUCCAUGGAUCAAGGCUGAAGUUGAGUUCUGGGAGCCAGUUGGGCUGCCGCAAAUGAUAAAAUUGACCCAACGAGUGGAGAAUUGUGAAAUUACACAAAGAGAAGCAAAUCUAAAGAACAUCGAAGGUAAGACCCAAACUAAUUUUUCCAUUCGUAGAGCUGUUAACCCAUUAAGUAUGAAUGAUAGUAAACCUGGAAACAACUUCCCUAUGAGAACGAUAACUUUGAGAGGGGUGACGGCUGGAGAUAACCGGCGAAAAGGACCGGCGAAAAAGCUUUCUGAUGUUGAAUUUCAGGCACAUAGGGACAAGGGGCUUUGUUUUCGAUGUAAAGUUAAAGAACAGAGAGAUUUAAGGAUGUUUGUGGUUCGGGAGAAUGAUGAGGAAGUAGAAAUUAUUGAAGACGAAGAUUAUGAGAGGAAUAAGGAGAUGAAAUUGUUGGAAGCAAAGGAAGAAACAAGGUCAGUUGUAGAGUUAUCAGUAAACUCAUUAGUUGGCCUGUCUAAUCUUGGAACUAUGAAGGUGGAAGGGAAAAUUAAGGUAGAAGAAGUAAUAGUAUUGACCAAUUGUUGUGCCACUCACGAUUUCAUAUCUGAAAAAUUAGUGUCAUUCUUGCAAGAAGUAAACCUCUAAUUAUAGGGUUAUAUUGGGAUCAGGGACUGCAAUAAAAGGAAAAGGGAUAUGUGAAACAUCUGCUGUUGAAUGAAUGGAAGGUAGUGGAAAGCAUUUUACCAUUGGAGUUAGGAGGAGUAGAUGUAAUCUUAGGAAUGCAGUGGUUGCAUAUGUUGGGGGUAACUGAGAUGGAUUGGAGGAAUCUCACGAUGACUUUAUAUAAUGAAAACCGCAAGAGUGACGAGGUGAGAUCCUAGCCUAACCAAGGCUAGAGUAAGUUUAAAGAGCAUGAUGAAGUCUUGGUCUGCUUCUGACCAAGGUUACUUGAUUGAAUGUAGAGCUAUGGUACGGGGCAUGACACUAGCAAAGUUAUAUGGAGUGGAUGAUGUGCCGACUAUGAAGGAAUCAAUCCCAGCAUUGCUAGUAAAAUUCGAAAAUGUCUUUGAGUAGCUGGAAGAGUUACCUCCAAGGAAGGGUAUUGUGCAUCACAUACAUUUAAAGAAGGGCACAUAUCCAAUGAAUGGAAGGCCCUACAGAUACGCUUAUCGACAAGAGAAAAUGGAAAAACUAGUGGAUGAGAUGUUAGCUUCUAGGGUCAUUCACCCUAGCACUAGCACCAGCCCACACUCAAGCCCAGUAUUGUUAGCUAAAAAGAAAGAUGGGAGUUGGAGAUUUUGUAGAUUAUCGAGCUUUAAACUAUGUUACUAUCCCAUAUAAGUUCCCUAUCCCGGUGAUUGAAGAGCUAUUUGAUGAGUUAAAUGGUGCAACAUUAUUUUCGAAAAUUGACCUGAAAGCAGGGUAUCAUCAAAUAAGGAUGUGUGCAGAGGAUGUAGAGACGCAUUCAGAACCCAUGAAGGCCGUUACGAGUUCUUAGUCAUGCCCUUUGGGUUGACUAAUGCCCCAUCCACUUUUCAAUCUUUAAUGAUUACCAUUUUUAGAUCUUAUUUGAGAAAAUUUGUAUUAGUAUUCUUUGAUGACGUUAUGAUAUACAGCAGGAGUUUGGAAGAGCAUUUGCAGCAUCUGGAGUUCGUUUUGGAAGUGCUAAGAGAACAUGAGUUGUAGGCAAACAAGAAGAAAUGUAACUUUGCUCGAACAAGGGUGGAGUACCUAGGGCACAUCAUAUCAGAGAAGGGAGUUGAGGUUGAUCGCGAGAAGAUUAGGGCAAUAAAGGAGUGCCCUAUCCCUACAAAUGUAAGAGAUGUAAGAGGAUUUCUAGGCUUGACUGGGUAUUACAGAUAUUUUGUACAAAACUAUGGAACCAUGGCUUCUCCAUUGACACAGUUAUUGAAAUUAGGAGCCUUUAAAUGGUCCGUAGAAGCGCAAGGGGCACUCGUGAAGUUACAGAAUACAAUGAUGACAUGCCCGUGCUAGCAUUGCUUGAUUUUAAUUUGCCAUUCGAGAUUGAAACAGAUGCCUCAAGAUACGGAGUGGGAGUUGUAUUAACUCAAGCUAAGAGGCCUAUAGCACAUUUCAGCCAUACACUAGUAAUGAGGGAUCGAGUAAAGCCUGUGUAUGAGAGAGAAUUAAUGGUAGUGGUAUGAGUAGUACGAAGGUGGGGACCAUAUUUGAUGGGGAGGAAAUUUUUUGUUAAAACAGACCAAUGUUCUUUAAAGUUCCUGUUAGAGCAAAAGAGUCAUUCAACCACAAUACCAAAAAUGGAUAGCUAAACUAUUGGGCUAUACAUUUGAGGUUGUUUAUAAACCAGAGCUAGAGAGCAAAGCUGCUGAUGCCCUGUCAAGAGUGCCUCCAACAUGCCUCCAACGGUGCAUUUGUACCACCUAACUACUCCAACAUUAUUAGUUCUGAUUGUUAAUAAAGGAUGAAUUGGAGAGAGAUCGUUAUCUAAUGGAAAUAAUUGUUGAGCUACAAAAAAAUGAGGGAGGAGUUACUGACUUUUCAUUACAUCAGCAGGGAAUGUUGAGAUACAAAGGAAGAUUGGAAAUAUCCAAGUCUUCAACAAUGUUACCCACUAUUUUACACACUGAUCAUGAUUCAAUCUUUGGGGGACACUCUGGGUACUUGCAGACAUAUAAAAGAUUGAUGGGAGAGUUGUAUUGGGAAGGUAUGAAACAAGAUGUAAAGAUGUAUUGUGAAGAAUGUAUUGUUUUCCAACACAAUAAGUCAUUGGUUUUCAAUCUAGCAGGGUUGUUAUUACCAUUGGAGGUUUCAGACUCCAUUUGGAGUGAUAUUUCAUGGAUUUCAUUGAUGGACUACCUAAGGCUGCUGGGUUUGAUGUGAUCUUAGUAGUGAUGGACAGGUUGAGUAAAUAUGCACAUUUUUUAGCGUUGAAGCAUCCUUGCGCUGCCAAGUCAAUGGCUGAAAUAUUUGUUAAAGAAAUCUUGAGGUUGCAUGGUUUUCCCACAUCCAUAGUGUCAGAUAGAGAUAAGGUGUUUCUUAGUAACUUCUGGCAUGAAAUGUUUCGUUUAUUUGGAACAAGAUUGAGCAGAAGUUCAACAUACUAUCCACAGUCUGAUGGGCAAAUAGAGGUAGUAAAUCGGGGAGUGGAUGUUUAUUUGCGUUGCUUUUGUGGGGAGAAACCUAAAGAAAGGUGAACUGGUUGCAUUGGGCACAAUUUUGGUAUAAUACCCCAUACCAAAGAUCAAUUGACAUCACUCCAUUUCAGGCUGUCUACAACCUUUUGCCACCAACACUCAUCUAUUAUGGAGAUUGUUGAGACACCUAAUUCUACACUUGAUCAACAACUUAAAGAGAGAUGUUAACGUAGGAGCAUUGAAAAAAACACCUCGGAGUUGCCCAAGGUACGAUGAAAUGUGCAGAUUUUAAGAGAAGGCAUGUGGAGUUCCAAGUUGGAGAGAUGGUAUUCUUGAAAAUCCGUCCAUAUUGAUAAGUGUCUCUAAGGAAGAGAAGAAAUGAAAAGCUUUCUCCCAAGUUUUUCGGGCCCUACAAAAUAAUUGAAAAGAUUGAGCCAGUUGCUUGUAGAUUAGAGUUGCCACCCUCAGUUGCUAUACACCCAGUGUUUCAUGUUUCUCAACUCAAGAAGAUGUUAGGGGAGCAUACAAAAGUGCAUCAGCUUGUUCCAUAUGUUUAUGAAACUCAUGAAUGGAGGGCUAUACCAGAAGAGGUGUUUGGUUAUCAAAAGAAUUGCUCAACAGGAAUUGUGUGAAGUGCUGAUCAGUUGGAAGGUAUUGCCACCGCAUGAAGCCACAUGGGAAAUCUGUGAUGAUUUCCAAUAAAAAUUUCCUAACUUUCACCUUGAGAACAAGGUGGAUUUGGAGGAGGAAAGUAAUGUGAUGGAGCUCAAAUUUGUGGAACAAGAACUGAAGUAAUUAUGAUAUUGUUCAAUAUAGGAAAUCGAAGAAUUACAAAAGUAAUGGAAUGAAAUGCUAUCGAAUUGAUAGAGAAUCAAUUCGAUGAUCUACGGCAAAGUCUCCUCUCUCUAUUAUCCUUUUUCUCAAGGAUGGAACAGAAAUUGUAAUUACAACAUAACUGCUUUUCCCUCCAAAAGAAAGACUAUUUAUACUGAACAAAAAUGCUCUAGGACUUUAGCUGACUUGGGUCCCAUUGUGGUCCCCUUUUACACGUGUUAUUCUUUUCUUUCUUCUUCUACUAUACUGCAGAAUCAUAGGUGGUCUAAUCGGUGGUCUAUAAACAUUCCCUCUCCAAAUCCACCUUGUCAUCAAGGUGAAAAUCUGGAAACAAUUGGUAGGCUUCAUCAUAAGCUUCCCAAGUUGCUUCAUGUCUCGGUAGACCCUUCCAACUGAUUAACACUUCCAAUCCUUCCGCUACUUCUUCUGAUAGCCAAAUAUCUCUUCGGGCAUUGCUUUCCACUCAUGGUUCUGUUAAAGGGGACCACAAUGGUACCCAAGUUAGUUAGAGUUUUAUCUGUUAUAAAUAGUUGAGCAAAAGGGAGGGAAAGUUAGGUAUGUUUUGAUUAGUUUUCCUGUUACAUCCUUGAGAGAAAGGAUAACAGAGAGAGGAAGGUUUCAUUGUGUGUUCAUGAAUUGAUCUUCCUGAUCUAUUCGAUUGUCAUUUGAUUCUGUAAUUCAAUUACUAUCCAUAUCAAAUAAGAUCAUAUCAUUUAUGUUCUUGUCUUAUAAUUUCGGGCUCCAUCAACUUUGAAUUGGAGAAAGGUGCUGUAGUGGUCUCCAGUUGCCUAAAACUUAUUGUGGAAGUAGAGCUUAUCCUACUGCCUCAACUAGUGCUUUUCUUCAUCCUAUUCUUGGACUAAGUUUUUUAAUUAUAAGGGGCAUUUGGGAGAAAGGUUGAUUUAUCGAAGGGUUAGUCUUAUAAUAAUCCUAAUAUUAUAAUAGUCCUAGUGUUAUAAUAGUAAGCGUUUGGGAGAAGGAUUAUAAUAGGUAUUGUGUUAAGACACUUGCAACGUUCACUUUUACUAUUCCUUUCCAAUACUCAGAGUACAGCCCGAACACUCGAGGAACAAAAUCAAACUAUAGCUUAAGAACAAUAACACACAGAAGCUUAACAAAACAACCAAUGCUUAAGAGCAAAAACACACAGAAACUUAACGAAAACGCAAGAACACAAUACUAAGGCUGCCCAGAAUAAUAACGUUCACCCCCUCUAGCCUACUACUUAAACACAAAAAUGAAAAUGACAAAACCUGGUAUUGCACUCUCUCCUUUCAAGAGGUGGCUGCCCCUGCCUUUUCUCUCCAAAACAUUCGUACCCUUCCCCUGUGCCUGCUGUCCCCUUUUAAUUACUCACUACUAACUAACUGUGGGUCCCCCUUUCUGGUCCCCAUCCUCCUUGCUUUCUUCCCCUUCAACACGUGCCUCUUCAGGAUUGGUUUCAUGGCCAUGAUCUUUCCUGCCACUUGUCCCCACCUCAUUUGUUUCAUGUUUCUUCUUAUUCUUCCUAUGAUACGUAAAUAGGAUUGGUGGCCUAGCAUCACUCUCCUCUUCCAAAUCCACCUUGUCCUCAAGGUGGAAUUCUGGAAACUGAUAUUUCAUGUCAGUGCAACUCUCCCAUGUUGCCUCGUGUGGCGGCAGUCCCUUCCAACUGAUCAAGACUUCCCAUUCCCUAGUUGCUGGAUUCUUGCGAUAGCUGUAAACUUCUUCGGGUUGUGUAAUCCAUUCAUGGUUUUCAUUCAUGUAUGGAUUCAAUGGUUGCACAGUUUCUCCUCUUCCGACAGCUUUCUUCAACUGUGACACAUGGAACACGGGGUGGAUAGCAGCAUCUGCAGGGAGUUCGAGUCUAUAUGCUACUUUCCUGAUUCUUUCUAAGAUCCGAUAAGGCCCGAAGUACUUUGGUGACAGCUUUUCAUUUCUUUUCUUUCUGAUGGAUGCCUGCCUGUAAGGUCGCAAUUUGAGAAACACCAAAUCUCCUUGGAAUUCUACUUCCCUUCUCUUCGUGUCAGCCUGUUUUUCCAUCCUUUCUUGAGCUAAUUUCAGGUGUUCCUUCAAUGCUCCCAGUGUUAUAUCUCUGUCUUUCAGCUGCUGGUCUAGUGUUGAAUUGGGUGUCUCCAUGUCUACAUACUAAAUCAAGGGAGGAGGUAGGCGUCCAUAGACAGCUUGGAAAGGAGUAAUUCCGAUCGAACUAUGAUAGGUAGUAUUGUACCAGUAUUCUGCCCAAUGUAACCACUGGCUUCAUUCGUGCGGUCUUUCCCCACAAAAACACCUCAAAUAUGUCUCAACACUCUUGUUCACCACCUCAGUCUGACCAUCCGAUUGGGGGUGAUAUGAGGAGCUCCGGUUCAGCUUAGUACCUGCCAAACGGAAGAGUUCUUUCCAGAAAUGGCUCAAGAAUACCUUGUCCCUGUCAGACACUAUCGACCUUGGGUACCCAUGAAGUCUGACCACUUCCUUUACAAAUGUUUCAGCCACCAUCUUGGCUGUGAAAGGGUGCUUCAGCAACAGAAAAUGACCAUAUUUACUCAGCCUAUCCACCACCACGAGUAUCACAUCCCAUCCCUUGGAUUUUGGUAGACCUUCAAUGAAGUCCAUGGAGAUAUCACUCCAUAUUGCGUCUGGAAUUUCCAAAGGCAUCAGUAGCCCUACUGGAGAUAAUGCUGAUGACUUAUUUCGCUGGCAGAUCGCACACUCUUCACAGUACCGCAUAAUGUCCUUCAUUCCUUUCCAGUAGAUCUCCCCAAUCAACCGCUUAUAAGUUCUCAAAAAUCCCGAGUGCCCUCCGAACACUGAGUCAUGGUAGGUGUGCAAUAUCGUAGGUAGCAAUGUGGACUUGCUUGGAAUCACCAGCCGUCCUUUAAACUUUAACACCCCCUGCUGCGGAGUGUAAUGGGGUGUCUCCAUCCCUUGCUCUUCUAUCAAUCUGAUGAUUUCUUGCAGCGCGGGAUCUUGCUUUGUCUCUUCCUUGAUGAUUUCCACAUCUAUCAUUGCGGGGGCUGUGAUUUGAUUCAGCUGUACUGCUGGGGAAAUCCUGGACAAGGCAUCGGCUGCUCUAUUCUCCAGUCCUGGUUGGUAAGCCACUUCAAACGAAUAACCCAGGAGCUUUGCUACCCACUUCUGAUAUUGGGGUUGCACAACCCGUUGUUCCAACAAAAACUUCAGCGACCUUUGGUCUGUCUUCACCGUGAACUUCCUUCCUAGCAAGUAUGGCCGCCAUCUUUGUACUACAAGAACCACGACAAUUAAUUCUCUUUCAUAUACUGGCCGUGCUCUGUCUCGCAUACUUAGUGUCUUACUGAAAUAAGCCACCGACUUUCGGCAUUGAGUCAGCACAGCCCCCAGUCCAAACCCCGACGCAUCUGAUUCAAUUUCGAAAGGCAGAUUGAAGUCUGGCAUGGUGAGCACCGGGGUCAUCAUGGCCUUUUUCAGCUUACCAAAGGCGGUCUCAGCUUCUGCAUCCCACUUGUACGCUCCUUUCUUAAGCAGUUGGGUGAGCGGCGCUGCUAUUGCUCCAUAGUUUUUAACAAAACGCCUGUAGUAGCCAGUCAGCCCGAGGAAGCCUCUAACUUUCCGUACAUUGGUCGGAGUCGGCCAUUCACUCACUGCCCGUAUCUUUUCCGGAUCUGCUUCAAUGCCCUGUUCCAAAAUGAAAUGCCCCAAAUAGCUGAUCCGUGGUUUUGCAAAGCUGCACUUCUCCAAAUUCGCAUAUAACUCCUUUUCUUGUAGUAGUCCUAAGACCACUUCUAAGUGCUGGACAUGUUCUUCCAUCCAUCGACUAUAGACUAGAAUAUCAUCAAAGAAUACCAGCACAAACCUUCUCAAAUAUGGCUUGAACACCUGAUUCAUCAGCGCCUGAAAGGUCGAUGGGGCAUUCGUUAAUCCGAACGGCAUCACUAAGAAUUCGUAGUGCCCUUCAUGAGUUCUGAACGCGGUCUUUUCGAUGUCUUCGGGGCACAUCCUAAUUUGAUGAUAACCGGCUUUGAGCUCUACCUUGGAGAAUACACUAGCUCCUUUCAAUUCGUCGAACAGUUCUUCUAUCACCGGUAUGGGAAACUUGUCUGGGAUCGUGACAUUGUUCAGUGCCCGGUGGUCUACACAGAACCUCCAACUCCAGUCUUUCUUCCUCACCAACAGCACCGGACUGGAGUACGGGCUUUUGCUCGGACAUAUGAUCCCUGAAGAUAACAUCUCAUCCACCAAUCUCUCCAUUUCUUCCUUCUGAUGAUGCGCGUACCGGUAUGGCCUUACGUUCACUGGAUCCGUCCCACUCUUCAGGUAGAUGUGGUGGUCAAUGCUGCACUGUGGUGGAAGCGUCGUGGGCCAUUCAAACACGCUAGCAAACUGCUUAAGCAGGGUCGCUAUUGGUUCUACGUCUACCUCCCCCUGUUCUCUGUCUUGUUCAUGUUCUUCCAACGGCCCACACUCUAUGGUUCGACAUUCCACUAGAAGCCCCUGAUCGUCUGCUCCCCAUGAUUUCAUCAAGUUCUUUAAACUGACCCGUGUUUUGGUAAGGCUCGGAUCCCCUCGUAUCACAACCUUUCUCCCCUAGUGAUGGAAAGUCAGCAUCAGCCUUUUCCAAUCGACUUCGGUCACCCCAAGAGAAUGGAGCCACUACAUUCCUAGGAUCAUGUCAACUCCCCCCAACUGCAGUGGUAGGAAGCUAUCAGUCACCUGCCAGCCUUCCAAUUGUACUUCAACAUCGCGGCACACCCCCUUACCCUUGACUGCUGUUUCCGACCCUAGGAUCACUCCAUAGAUCGGUGUCUCCUGCAAUGUUAAUCCCAGUCGGGUCACCAAGUUUUCCGCGAUGAAGUUGUGUGUCGCCCCACAGUCGAUUAAGAUCACCACUUCUUCUUCUCCCACCCUUCCUUUUACCUUCAUGGUCCCCGGGUUGGUCAGUCCACCACUGAGUUGAGUGACAAUUCGAUGUUUAAGUUUUCCACGUUUUGUACUUCUACUUGCUUCAUCUCAGUUUCGGCAUCAAAGAACUCCUCCACAAUCUCUAACUCCUCCCCUCCUUCUUUGACUACGAGCAUUCGGAGCUCCUUAUGUUCUUUCGAUUUGCAUCGGUGCCCUGCAAAGUACUUCUCCCCACAACGGAAACAUAAGCCCUUUUCCCUUCGAGCUUGGAACUCUGCGUCAGACAGUCGUUUCGUGGGCCCUUCCCGACGGUUAUCCCCCGUGGCUACCUCUCUCAGGGUUAUCGUUCUCAUUGGCCAACUUCCACUGGUCGUUCCCUCCUUUGUGGCUGUUGGACCGGUGUUCUUAGUCUGCUGAUGUUUAUGGCCGAUUUUAAUAUCGUAGGCACUGAUCAGCCCACAUUCCCUUCGGACCAACUCUCUGUUUUCUAUCUUCAAUGCCAACUUCAUCAUCUGGGCCAGCCCAUUGGGCUCCAGGGUUUCUACUUCAGACUUCAACCACGGGUUUAGCCCGUUCAUAAAUGUUUCUUCUAACACCACCGUAGGCAGGGAAGCCACCGAUGCCAGUAGCUUGUCGAAACAGUUUCGGUAUUCCUCGACGGUGGUCUCCUGCUUGAUCGUUAAAAAUCGGCCCACCAACGUUCCUUCCCUGGUCGCUCGGAACCUCACCAACAUUUUCUGUUUCAAAUCAUCCCACCCGGCAGAAGCUUCCCGCUCUUCUUGUGACCGGUACCAGUCCAACGCAGGCCCAUCGAAGCUGAUCACUGCCACUGUGAGUUUCUCCGAAUCCGACAAGUUGUGUAUUUUGAAAUAUCGGUCUGCUCGGAAAAGCCACGAGUCGGGGUCGGUUCCAUCGAAAACUGGCAUCUCCACUUUCUUAAACUUGCUCCGAUCCAAUGAUCGCUCUUCUUCUGUUUUUGUUUCCAACUUCGGUUCUUCGACAGUUGUCGGGGAUGACGCCUCUGCCAUAGUAACCUUGCUAGUGGACCCUUCUUCUAUCUUUCGUCCCGGAGAAUCGUCUUUAAUGAUUCCUUCAAUGUACUUCAAUAUCACUUGCUGCUGCUGCGCCUGUUUGUCGAUUUGCGAGUUCAUUUUCGCGAUACUUUUGGCUAACAAUGCUAUGUUCUCCUCAAUCAUCGGUAGCCUUUUCAUUUCCAGCUCCACCGUCUCCAACCGCUCUUCCGCUGCUUUCGCCAUUGCUACGAUUUGCCCAGGUAUGAGGCUCUGAUACCAAAUGUUAAGACACUUGCAACGUUCACUUUUACUAUUCCUUUCCAAUACUCAGAGUACAGCCCGAACACUCGAGGAACAAAAUCAAACUAUAGCUUAAGAACAAUAACACACAGAAGCUUAACAAAACAACCAAUGCUUAAGAGCAAAAACACACAGAAACUUAACGAGAACGCGAGAACACAAUACUAAGGCUGCCCAGAAUAAUAACGUUCACCCCUCCAGCCUACUACUUAAACACAAAAAUAAAAAUGACAAAACUUGGUACUGCACUCUCCCCUCUCAGGAGGUGGCUGCCCCUGCCUUUUCUCUCCAAAACAUUCGUAUCCCUCCCCUGUGCCUGUUGUCCCCUUUUAAUUACCCACUACUAACUAACUGUGGGUCCCCCUUUCUGGUCCCCAUCCUCCUUGCUUUCUUCCCCUUCAACACGCGCCUCCUUAGGAUUGGUUUCAUGGCCAUGAUCUUCCCUGCCACUUGUCCCUACCUCAUUGGUUUCAUGUUUCUUCUUAUUCUUCCUAUGAUACGUAAAUAGGAUUGGUGGUCUAGCAUAUUGUUAUGAUAGUAUGCGUUUGGAGGAAGGAUUAUGAUAAGUAGUGUUAUGAUAGUAUGUGUUUGGGGGAGGAUUGGGGAAGGAGUGGAAUAGUAUGUGUUUGUAUGAAUAUUUUAUCCUCCCUUCAGUAAUUUUCUUUGGUUAAUCAAAGAGCAAGAAAAAUUUAAACUCGGAAGUUGUAAGGUGUUAUCUUCAGUUGAUCCUAUGUUUUAUGAAGCAUGCCAAUGAUCAGUGGUUAUUUUAUAAUUUGAAAAAUCUAAUAAUUUCUCUUCGAAAGCUGAAAAAUGUUAAUGAGAUUUCUUUUCUAUCUUGUUUGGUAACUUGGUAGGUUGAACUACUUUAAAACGAUUAGUACUCUUUUAAACUGCUUCCUGGUUUA